UUUUAUUUUUCUUCCACUUCCUUUUGUAAUAACUACUUGUUCAAUAAAUAUAAAAAAAAAUUAUGAUGUUUUACGUAAAAUACGAAAAGAUCGAAGAAUCCUGAUUUUGUUUAUCCGACUCACCCGUCGAUAUUAGUAGUCGUAUAAAAUGAUUUGAACGUCCUCCGCGUCUUCUCCCUCUCCUUUUUCGCUCUAUUACGUUCAAUAAUUCAUUUCAGUCUUUUUGCACUUUCAAUUCGCACCGCUUCGGCCGAUAAUUAGGAUCUUCUCGUUCAAAUUUACGAUCUUCGAUAUCGCCUCCGAUAUACCAUUUUGCUUGGAAAUUUCUUCAUUUUUUCUUCUCUCUUUUCUUCUUCUUCUUCUUCUUAUCUUCUUUCUGCUCCUUCUCUUCUUUUUCUUUUUUCCUCAUACCAUGAGAUACGCGUUUCUCCUCGGCCGUCGCUUCUGGAAACAUUUUCUCAAACAAAUUUCUACCAACACCAGAGAGAACCACAGCAAGCAAGAGUCGCUUCGCAAAACCGGUUACGUGAAACUUACAAGAGAAGAGGACGUGUAAACUCAUUUCGAGGACGGUUCGAGCUAAGCGAAUGAAAAAGAGGUCGCCUUGUUUCGAUUCGAUCGAAAUUUCAAAAAGUCGUGCUGUUGCAAUUCAUUUUACAAUGUGAAUAAAUAAGAACAUGAAUGAAAGAGAACGUUCAUCGUUUUCGAACGAUCUUCUAAAUUCGAUCCCGGUCAAAAGGUAGAGUGACGAUAUUAUCGAGCUUUGGAAAAAAAGCAGAGGAGAAUAUCGGUAAUGUCGAUACCUAAGAUUCUUUAAGAUACAUUCGAUAAAAAUAGUCUCGUUUCAUCGGCUCAAAAGAAUUGCGCUGGGAUCCAUUCGACAACUUGCUAAAACCAGCGAUUAGCUCAAUGUUUUUUACAUUCCCUGCCAUCGCAGAAAAAUAAUAAAAAAAAUGGAAAAUAAUAAUUUGAGAUAAUUCCGAAAUUGAAUGGUAUAUAUAUAUAUAUAUAUGCAUUUCUCUCUCUCUCUCUCUCUCUCUCUCUCUCUCUCUCUCUCUCUCUCUUUCCUUUUCUUUUGAUUUUUUUACCUUCUUUCACUAGACACAUUUCUUCUAAAGAAGCUUCGGUAUGUGCUUCUCGACAAAACGAAUGACUUAAUUAAGUGUUCCGGCCAUUAAACAUUUAUAAAUAAACAUAUGAACCGACGAUGAUGAGGUAACGGCGCAUCGUUAUCGCCUAAUUGCGAUGCGUUAGUUCUGCUUUUCACGUUAAGUAAACCCAGCCUUUCAGUAUAUUUACGAAGUGAAAUUCUUCCUUCAUUGAACAAACAAUAAUAGAUAAAAAAUUGUAAUGAUAGUAGUCACGACAGGAUAAAUAGUAUCUCGAAGGAAAAGAAAAAAAAAACGAAAAAAAAAAAAAUAGAAUACGAGUUUUUGUUUCUCGUUAACGUUGAAAUUUCUUGAAUGAAAUGCAGGAAUCGAAUCGAUGCUUUUUGUGAUCCUGAAACAUCGCGAAACUCGUUAAUCCUAUUCACGCGCGUUCUAUAAUUAGAAGAAUUCUCUUUUUUCAACGUGCCCGUUAUAGCAUUUGCUAUUUCACUCUCUUGAUACAUAGUACUCUGGCUCGUGAAGAAUUCGAAGAGAGUCGAACGAUCAUGAAGUAAGAUCCACCUGUUUUAUCUUCUAUACGUUAGACUUUCGACAUCGAUAUUCGAUAUCGGUUAGUCCUUAAAAAGAAGAAAAAAAAAGGAGAAGGAAAAAAAAUUAUACGUUUUAAUUAUCGAAGAACAUAAAAAGAAAUAGAAUAGAAACCGACGAACGACCUUAGACUUGAAAGUACAUUCACUGCUCCUUUCACAGACUCGAAGAUAUUUUAGGAUCUACAGUUUACUGAUCUCAGCGUCAAUAGCUGCGAUAAUAACGAUGCGUAAACGGAAGCUGCGGAGGGAUGUCGCUUAGAAAGAGGGAGAAAGAGAGAGAGAGAGAGAGAGAGAGAGAGAGAGAGAGAGAGAGAGAGAGAGAGAGAGAUUGGUACAUUGCGCAGGACAAAACGAAAGCAAUAGUUCUCUCUCUUUCUUGCGACACACAUAUGUUUAACUGAUACUCUACCACGACUGGUUGGUAAAAUCGAGUUUCUCCGAGUUUUUUAAUAAACUAACGAUCGACCAAAAUCGGCUUAGGAUUACAUAGCUGAUCACACAUCACCUCUAACUUCGUCGAAUUCUAAUGAAAUAUUUUAUGGCACGUUACAAGAUCUACUACGUUGCGAAUAAGUCCACGAGAAUGCUAUGUUAAAUCGCAAAAUGCGUGUUCACGUUAUGGAAAACGUUUGCACCGUCGCAUAUCUAAUAACGAUGAAUCGUUAAUGUACCUUUACAUCGCAUGCGAUGACAAUGAGGAUUACAAGGUGAAGAAAUGCAAGUAGGAUUUCAUUAAGCAGUCUGUUCGCAUUGUAUUUGUUUCUUUACCAGUACGAGAACGAUUAUGAGUUCUAUCUGUCGAUGAAUAAACACUAUUCAAUUUGGCCUUCACUUUUAAGUACGUAAGUAAUGAUCUUAACACAAUGAUUCAUUGGAAAUAAUAAAUAUAUCCUUAAUAAUCAUAUAAUUAUAUGGUAUAGAAUCGUCAGGCAUGCUAAUCAGUCAAGACAUAUCCCCUCCCUCCCUACUCUCCAAUUUGAAAGUAAAAUACAUUUUUCCGUUUCACACUUUCAUUCUAUGUAGAUACGUAUGUGACGUGCAACGAAUAACGGGCGAGUCGGUAACGGGGGAGGGGGAGGCCAACGAUAGAUCUCACGACAUUUGACACGUAUAAAAUUCGUAAUACUUUCCACAUGAAAAUAGGAUUAGGUUUGAAUUAAAGCUCAGACGAACCUUUCAAGCUUCGCGUGCUUUUCGAAUCUUCUUAUCGUGUUUCUCCUGGAUGACAAGGUCCAUAACACGCACGUGUCACUUACAUGAUGGAUAUCUCUCGUUAUAAAGAACUUACCCGUCGUUCGGCCAUAUUGAAAAAUCAUUUAACUUGACUCGACUUAAAAAGAGAAAGCAGAAAAGAUAUGAGCGGAAAAAAAGAAUGAAAAGAAAUAAAUUGCCACGAUGUAUCAUGCGAUUCGAAGGAAAAAAAAGAAGAAAAAUUGAGAACUUAAGGCAAAGAAAGUACAGAUGAGUACGCAGGUGAAUGGACGAGGACGAGUUGAUCGAACGAAAUGUAAGGGCGAAGCGACGGCGCAAGCGGGUCCCAGUGAAUGUCCUUGGAUAAAAGGUGUCAUCGUACGGAGUAUCUGUUCACAUCUUACCGGGCAGCAUUGGAUUGAAAUUGAACCUUCUAAUACUGUCAGGUAAAGAUGUCGUCAGGAUUCCGAAAUCAACAUGCCAACAUGGCGACAACCUAGACUACGAUGACGACGACGACAAGGAUCAUAAUAAGAAUCGACCAAGUAAACGUUCUAAGAGCGUUGCCCAUAGCGAUUUUAUACACACGUUGAGACACACGACGGAUAAUGUUACGUCUGGCUACACGGGUUCAUGCUUCUUAAAACUUCUUAAGUAGCCGAGAAUAACUUUCACGUAUAUAUACAUACAUAGAUAGAUAGAUAGAUAGAUCGUACGUAUGGUAAAUGGUAAUACGAUAAUUAUUAUCCAUACGAUACAUGUACAUAUAUAGAUAUGUAUACAACAAAGUUGUAUUUCAUAGGAUCUUAAUGGAUGAAUUUAUUAGUCGCACGAGACGAUCGAUUUAAGGGUUGUUAUUGACAAAAAAAGAAAAACAAAAAAAAUGGGUCACAAUUUCCAACCUUAGAACGGCCUAUAACUAAAUUAUUUUCUGACUCUUGCUUAGUAGCUACGCGUGUUGUUUCCUCGUUCUUGUUUCUGAUAUAAAACAUCAAAAAUUGAUUUCUAUAAACACAAUUCGUAAAGUUAAGUGUAGUAUUUUAGAAUAAAAUAUCAUUGUCCAAUAUCACAGAAAUACUAAUCGAAAGUUCGUCAAUUAUGUUUAUUUCUUUUCUUUUUAUUCUUUUUGUUCAAUAGGAUACAAUUAAGAAAUCGUCUAGAUAAAAAAAUAUUUAUCUAUUAUUAAAUGCAUAUAAAUUAGGAUUAUUAUAUUUAUCAAUAUGCUUUUUCCGAUUGAAUUUUAUCAUCAACGGCAAGACAUGAUUCGAUGGAAAGACUAUAGAAUAAAAAUAUAAAAAUGUAAGUCCAUAGUGGAGAAAGAUGCAUUCGUGUAGAUUCGAGAUUUCCUUUCUUUUUUUUCUCUGUUAAGAAGAACCUGUACUAAGCUCUCCGAUAAAUGCGAUCGCAUCGCAGUCUUCGAAAACGUCGCGACAUCGAAAGGUGCAUCGUAAUGAGCUCCUCACGCCUGUCGUGUUACUCGUGUUGCGUGUUAUAUAUAUAUAUAUAUAUAUAUAUAUAUAUAUAUAUAUGAAUGAAUGUAUGUACAUGUAACAUAUUUUCUGCUCUCCCGCGACAACAUAAUCCCCAUCUAGAGUUGAACGUGUGUGAUGAUUCUCUCUUAUUCUGCUCUUCUCAUUCAUCAUUUGCAGUUUAUUUAUAAGUAAAAUUCUCUCUCUAUCUUUCUCUUGCUUCGGAUAUAGCAUAGUACCGGUUUUCUGUAAAUAUUUUCACUGUUUCUAUGCCAGUCUUAAAAAACGAUCGAGUCUUUGGAAUUUCGUGAACCGACAACAGCGCGAUACGUAUUUUCGGUUGAUCGUGGUGGCUCGCGUGAUUCUUGCGGCAGCGGGGUCAAGAGAGAGAGAGAAAAAGAGGGUGGGAGGGAAGGAGGGAGAACAUGGUGGGCAAAGCGGGGUCGGGGAGAAUCAGCUUCAAGAGAGGAAAAGAACGAGGACGAUAAAUAAGGUGGUCGCUGUCUGCAGGCGCGCCAGCGCUGCGUGUGCGCAUUCGUACAUAUGUGUGUGUAUGUGUAUUCGUGUAGAUGUUUGCAUACAUGUAACAUAUGUACGCUACUAUAUGCACACGUAUAUAUGUAUGAAUGUAUUACAUAUGUAAGAUACUAGGUACGUACAGCUUGCUCACAUGCUGAGGAAAGGAGAAAGAGAGAAAGACUCUCUCUUGUGCAAGUCGAACGACCGCGCAUGCAGAAACGGCAGGAGGGUUCCUACUACGAUCCUGUAUCGUGUCGGUAGGAGGUAGAAACGCGGCAAAAGCUCUCCACAGUCGUGUAGUCGUAUGCUUCGGAGUUGCUCGGAGCGGCGAACGAGUAGGCGCGUCAGGAAUGUAACGCCUCAAAAACGAUGCCACGAUCGUCGUAAAGCAUUGCGUGGGUCCGCCUCGCGACGUGGAAAUGAAUACGCCAGUGUAGAAUUAAGAAUGAUCGAAAAAUAGAUUCGAUGUGAAAGGAAUUUCGGUAUGUUCGAUUCUCUGUAACGUUGACUUUUUGAAUUUAAUUUUGUUUCUUAUAUUAUUUUUUCUGGUUUGUUCGUUUAUAAAGAACAUCGAAUAAGUAAUUGGUAGAAAAUUGUUAAAUUAAUUAUUAAUAAUCGAUGCUAAUAAUCUAUUUAUCAUUUUUUAUUUAAUGUUUUCAAAAGAAAAAAAAACAACGUGCAAAAUUAUAUUUUGUAUAAUUUUGCAAUCGAAUCCAGUUUUACCUUGAAACUAUUUUUUUUAGAUUGUACGUAGCAAUAUGUAUUAUAUAUUUAUCUACCGGUUUUACAAAUAGGGUUACGUUAUUAAAACAGCAGAAUAAUAUAUACGGCAAUUAAGUGAUGCUGAUAUGAUAAAAGAGUUAUAAAGGUUGGAAUUAAUUAUAAAUUUUAAUUUACGUUGUAAUCAUAAGCAUACAAAAUGUGGGAGGAAGGAUUUAAAACUAUUAUAUUGCCUACAUUAUCUACCAUGUUAGUUUUUGUAUUAGUUAUUAAUUUCUUUCGGCGUAUUACAGAAGAAACAUAUAUUCAUAUAAGAGAUGUUACUCAAGAACAUAAUUGGAAGCCUAUUAGAAAAGUAACUAAGUCAUAUUACUGUAGUAUUUGUGAAAGUCUAUUACUAAAUAUCAAUGGUUUAUUAUGUGAUUCAUGUGGAGUAUGUGCUGAUCUUGGAUGUAUCAAAACAGCAAACAAAAUACUUCGUUGUAAAGCUAUUACUAUGGAUAGUAAUGAGCAAUUGCUACAUCAUUGGAUUAAAGGUAAUUUACCAGUAGUAGCAAUGUGUGCUAUUUGUAACGAAGAAUGCGAUACAGAACUUGGGCUUAUGGAUUGGUGGUGUUGUUGGUGUCAAAGAACCGUUCAUGAUUCUUGUAAACUUUCUAUAUCUGAGGUAUGUGACUUUGGUAGAUUUAGAUUAAUGAUAAUCCCACCUCAAAGCUUAAAGGCUAUAAGUAAACGCAGAAGAAUGAGACGCAAAUUAGAGCUACAUUCAGUUAUAAAACCUAAUUGGCUUGGUUGGAAUCCUCUCAUUGUUGUUGGGAACAGGAAAUCUGGCAAUAAUGAUAGUGAAGAAAUUUUAUCAUUAUUUAGAGGAUUAUUAAACCCUGCACAAGUUAUGGAUUUAGCAGAACAAGAUCCAACUGCAAUACUUACAUGGUGUCGUCUACUUGGAGAUACUCUCUGUACAGUUCUUGUUGCAGGGGGUGAUGGUACCAUUGCCUGGUUACUUAAUAUUAUUCAUAAAUUACAAUUAAAUCCAGUUCCAGCUGUAGCAAUACUUCCUUUAGGAACAGGAAAUGAUUUGUCCAGAGUAUUGAAAUGGGGUAAAGAGCAUGAUUCGAAUUUAGAUCCUACUGAUAUUUUACAAAAGAUAGAACUUGCAGAAAGGGUUAACUUUGAUAGGUGGAGUGUAAAAGUAAAACCACACAAUGGAUUAGGAUCUACAGGAUCACAACCAAAUCUUUUUAUGUAUAAUUAUCUAAGCAUAGGAGUGGAUGCACAAGUAACAUUAGACUUCCACCGCACAAGACAAAGCCGUUUUUAUUUGUUCAGUCAUAGAAUUUUUAAUAAGUUAUUAUAUAUAUGCUUUGGUACACAACAAGUCAUGGAAAGAGAAUGCAAAAAUCUUGACAAAAGUUUAGAAGUGUACUUAGAUGGCAAAAGAGUAGUUUUACCUUCUAUAGAAAGCAUAGUUAUACUUAACAUUCCAUCAUGGGCUGCUGGUGUUGACCUCUGGAAUAUAGGAUUGGAAGAAGGACAAAACGAAGUAGGAGUUCAGAAAAUUGAUGAUCAAAAGCUAGAGGUUUGUGCUCUUUACUCAUCUUUUCACAUGGCUCAAUUACAAGUUGGUUACUCGCAACCACAUCGAUUGGGACAAGCUAGUGUUAUAAAAGUAAAACUAUUGAAAUCAUGUGCCAUACAAAUCGAUGGUGAACCUUGGUAUCAACAUCCUUGUGAGCUUAAUAUUACUUAUUGCAAUCAAGCAUUGAUGUUGAAGAAUAAAAAUUAUUAAGCCUACAUUUGUAAGCAUUACGGGUAUAAAAAUGCAUUUAGUUAAAUGUAUAUAUAUAUAUAUAUAUAUAUAUAUAUCAUUAUAUAUAUCAUUAUAUAUAUCAUUAUAUAUAUCAGUAUUUAUUUAACAUUAGAAGUAAAUGUUGUAAAAUAUGUUAAAGAAAUCUAGUCAACAUUAUUUUAAGAAACAGUUUAAAACAAAUUGUUAAAUAUAAAUGUUGGAAUAAAUUUCUUGAAACAAGUUAUAAAUGUUGAUUAAUAGAUUAUAGGAUAUUAAUAAAUGUAUAUAAUGAAUAAAAA